AUGUCUGUCCUUGAUGAGCGACUGGCAAAAUACCAGCGGGAUCAAUUGACAGUGCAGAGCAAGACCCGGUUUGUGUUGAGUGAGAAUGACAUUACAGAGUUUCAGUCCCUCUUGAAUACUCAAGUCAAUGCCUUGAACCUUCUUCUCACAGCAAUGCAGUGUAAAUCGGUUAUCGAACAGAGUAAUUUCCUGCGGAGGGCUGAGAACCGGAGUGUUUUCAAUCAGGUCAAAGAUUAUACCUCUUCUUUAUUAUGGCUGCGAGAUUCAGAAUCCGAAAUUACCAAGAAGAGCAGCGUCGCUGAGAACCUCGAUCGAAUAGAUGCCAAUUUUUCAUUCGAUCCGGAUUUAUUUAGCUCGAGAGUCUAUCGCUCGGCGGCAAUGUCGACCAUGGAACAGGCCUUGAGGGUGACUGUUACCCAGCAAUGGGUAUACAACGAAAUCGAAGCCUCAGCCGACGACGGGUUCUCCAUAAUGACUGACCAGGAGACUAGAGACUGGCGUCGUAUCGAUGUCGAUAACAAUAAGAAACAUCUCUUUUCUGCUGCCAGUGUGAGCGAAAGCCAGAGACAGAGAGCAAACUCUAUCAAGUCUGACCCAGGUUCCACGAGAUCUUCUAUUAGACCGCAGAAUUGGGUAACCACGACAACUUCCAUUCAGAGACAAAUGGGAAGACAAACUGAGAGGCUUGGUAUACAACAGCUGUCCAAUGUAUGGUUCAGACGUCAGUCACGUAUUCAGUCCGCUAAAGCCCCAUUGCCUCAAGAAACGGCAACUGAAACCUUGCAUUCUAGAGUGUUAUUAGCUGGUUCCUCUAGGAGCGGAAAAAGUACCGCAGUCAAGGCUAUAAACCUCCUCUUAGGUAUUGACAGUGAGCUAGGACAGGUAUCGGAGAAGUUUACCAUCUUGGCCGAAGUCAAUGAGCAAAUAAAGAAUCUCUGGGCGGCUAACAUGACCUUACCGGACGAGCACAACCUGUCCCUAGCUCAAAGUCUCAAGCGCCUCUGGCCUCUCGGCGAACAAGGAGUGAGUUCAGAUGAAAAUCAUUCAGCCAGAGCUCUAUGGGAUGCUUUGAAGGAUUCAGGUCUUCUCGAUAAGGAGACCCUUUCCAGUUUUUCAGACGGUGCUGAAUACUUCUUCGAUUCGACAGAUCGUAUAACAAAUCCCGAAUAUAUACCCAGUUUUCAGGACAGCAUGUGGGUUUAUACCACAUCCACCGGUAUUGCCCUAUCGCGAUAUACCAAUGGUCCGGUAGAGGUAAUAAUCUGCGAUCCUGGCGGUUCGCGUUCGGAAAGGAGAAAGUGGGGCGACAUUUUGGACAAGGCCACAACGAUACUGUAUUUUGUCGAUGCAGGUUCUUACGACCAAGUAUCGCCUGAGGCAGACGAUAUGAACCGUAUAGAGGAGGAUCUUGUUCUGUUUGAAAGCUUGUGCAACGCCCGCUUGACUGCUAAGGCCAAUAUUGUCUUGUUCAUACACAAGAUUGACAAGUUAGAACGAAAAUUAGGUACCAUUCCAUUCGACAGAUCCGUGAUCGAAUGUCCAAUUCCCUUUAGUGGGGAUCCCCAUAGCCUAAAAGAUGUCAUGAUCUAUCUUCGUGAUGCGUUUUUGGCCAUUUCUCUUAAGACACAUAGGAAUGUUCCUGUGAAGUUCACCAGCCUACGAGAUCCAGAAGAGUUCGGGAGGCUUGUGCUCUCAUACGCCCUGCCAAGGAAGAAGUCGUGA